UUUGUCUCUUCGUCAGGUAAAUGCUAUCGAAUGCAUACAUAAAAAGAUUGUUUUGGUACUGCAACACUCAUUCGCUUCAGCGAACACCACACCAAAGUUCAGUUUCCGGAGAUUUUCAUCUACACACUCUCAAUCGUUGGCUCCCUUUCAAGGUUCAAUAACAUUUGCAGAGGCCGCGGAAACGCUUAACAUUACUCAGGAUGAACAACUCUUCUGAUCACAACUCCAGCGGUCUUCGAAUUCAAGAACCUUUCUUCGGUUUCUCCCCGCUCUUCAUUUACCCAAUCGCUUCUCUGUAUAUUGUCAUCGUGGUAGUAGCCAUCAUUGGCAACCUGAUGGUCUCUUACGCUAUCCUUGCCAACAGAAAUCUCCGUAAUAACCCAACAAACCUCCUUCUCCUGUCUUUGGCAAUCUCGGAUCUUCUCACCGUAACUCUUGCCGUGCCAUUUGACAUUGAAUUACUUUUUCUGAACGGAAAGUGGAAACAUGGCAAAACGAUGUGUAUUACCUUUCUGACGGUUUACCUCAUCACUGUACCGACAUCGAUCUUUACCCUUCUGGCCAUUAGCGUGGAUCGCUAUAAGACCCUUAAGGAUCCACUCGGUCGAUUUCGACGCUCGCAAUUUAUCACUCAACGAAGAUCUUUGAUUGUUAUCGCUGUUGUUUGGUCUUACUGCAUUGUGUGGGCACUCCUUCCGAUCAUGGGAUGGCGAGAUAGAAGUGUCGAGCCAAUUUACAAAGGUACCUGUUCGGUACCUUAUACCAUUGUCUACAACCUUCUCACUUCUAUCAUGAAUUUCAUCUUUCCGCUCCUUCUCACAUGUGUGUUUUACAUCCUCAUUUACCUCAUCGCUCGCAAGCACCACAACGUUAACAAAAGAGGGGGCUUGCCGUCAACCUUUAAGCCCACUAAAGAAGAUAACAAGAUGUACUCAAGGAACAUGAAAGCAGCCAAAACGACAUCCAUGUUUGUAGUUGUCAUGUUUCUCUGCUGGCAGCCUUUCACCUACUUCAGCAUUAUCGCUAACCUAAUCGGUGAUACAUGGGACCCAUAUCCCUAUGAACUCUACUUGGUUCUUCUUAUGUUAGGAUACCUUAACUCGGCGCUCAACCCCUUUCUGUUUGCCUUCCGUAACAAGAGAUUUCAAUCUGUAUAUCGGAAGCUACUUAGGUCGACCACACUGGGUAAAUUUAAUUCACUGGGUACAAUACGUCGACGUUCCACUUUUUCACAAAGCACCAGCAAUUCCCAGAUUCCAGAGGAGGAGAGCAGAGAAGUACGUCUCCAAUCGAUAAAAUUGAAGAAGUGACGUAUGUUUUUUUAGCAUCCAAACCUGGCAAGAUUCAAAUAUUCCUCUUUCAAAUCUGGUUAAUAUUCUUUGUUUACCAAGCAGAACUAGUAACAUGUUAUAAACUGCAAAUCAGCAGAACGUGACAGUAUUUUGAACAAGUUUUGCGCUCGAACUUUGAUUGAACUGAAAAGUGAACUUUUUACACCCUAACAUCAGCAUGCAUAUUCUCCAUACUGGGGUCAAUUUGAUAAGGAAAAUAUACUGGAAGUUUUUACACGAGUAAUGUACACGGGUAAAGUCCGACUUGUAAAUAUCAAUAUUUAAUAAAACAAUA